AUGGGUGAUACUCUAGACAGUACCGACCCUGCUGCAGAGAGACGUUCUGCCCAUUACAAGGGGCUAGAUGCCCAAGUUGAAGGUCAGAUCCAGGAGUUGGCGAGAGCGUUGACUCCAAUGUCUGACGUUGUCAGUGGCAGCAGCUCUGAGGAGUCAGAUUCUGGUUCUGUUUUAUCAAGAGCGCUCUCCACAGCGUCUACAAUUGCACCUGGUGUCAACCCUAUGGGGGACGACCUGGAGGAGCUGGACCCUCGUCUGAACCCGGAUAAUCCAGAUUUCUCUUCACGGUACUGGAUUAAGAACAUUAGAGCGUUCAUGGAUAAAGAUGAGGCACACUACCAGAACUAUUCGUUUG